AGAGCGGCGGAGGUAGGGGCGGAGGCGGCCCACUUCGAUUUUGUCCGGCGCAUCCUUACCCUUGCCUGCUUUCCUUGCCUCUUACCCCACCGAGGCUGCGCUGCGACUUUGUUUUUCCCCCUCUCCGACCCUCCUCCACCGCCUCCGACGACAACGCCUCUCACGUCCUUCUCGCCCUUUCCCUUUCCUUCCUCCUUCACCUCCUUCGCUGCCUCCCACAACAACGCCUCUCCGCCGACAUCGGCGUCGUGGAGUGUAAAAACUACGAUGGCACCCUCGAUGCCCUCGACGCCCUCCGCUGCAGCGAGUUCAUGCCGGCCGACGACGACGCCCUCCGCUGCAGCGAGUUCAUGCCGGUCGACGAUGACGCCCGCCGCUGCGGCGAUUUCACGGCACCCUCGACGCCCUCCGCUGCUCCGCCUGCGACUGCCAUCGCAACUUCCACUGCAAGGGACCCCUCGCUCUCCUCCGACCGCCCCCCCCCCACCCCCUCAGCCGCCCCGCAUCCCUACGCGACCCCCAUCACCCCCAAUUCUCCCCUUACUACCGCACCCCCGCCGGCUACCUCCACCCCCACCAGCUCGCCGCCGCUGCCGACGCAGCGCCACAAAAGCCCGCUCUCACGUGCGAUCGGCAGCGGCGGCGGCGCAUCCGGGGCAGCUGGCGUUACCUUCGAGCUCUUGGGGCCACAGCAGGAGUAG